AUGGAAGAAUCAUUUGCAUUUGCAUUUAAAUUGAAAGCAUUCAAUACGACAAAUGGGUCACAUCAAGAGCCGUUUAGAACCUUGUUGAUCUGUCUGCUGGCAAUUGGCUGUCUUGCUGAGGUUUCGCUUGCGAAACAUCAUAAGCACAAGCGGCACUACGAAGACUCUGAAGAGGAUCCACAUUAUCUGCCGCCGGCGGAGAGAGAGUCGGAACCCUAUUAUCACAAGGAGAAGCAUACCAGGGAACGCGUUACCUAUCACAAGGAUGAGGAGCAUGAGCCCAAGCGCGUGGACCAUUAUCAUCACUACGAUAAGAAGCCCGAGGUGCAAACCAAGCAUAUUCAUUACCAGGAGGUCAAUCCUCAAGUGCGCACCACGGCAAUCCUUCCCGCUGCAUCCGGCAUUGUCACCCGACGUGUUCGUCCCAAUCGCGUGACCUACGCCAGUGCUCCCAACUCUGUCUUCCACACACAGAUCAAUGUGCAAUCCCAGGACUCUGAGCUCAACUCCCAGAUUCGUCCAGAUCCAGUUAUUGCCGUUGCUCCAGCUGGCGGUCAAUUGGCUGUGAAUACUCCGGCUCCGGCUGGUGCUCAGUUGCCUGCCAAUGCCUUGCCCAAUUGCCAGUUCCCAGUUGCUGGCAAUCCUCCCAUCGGUUGUCGUCUGCUUGAUCCUGCGGGUGGUCAGCUGCCAGCUGGUGCUUUUCCUCCUGGUGGCCAAUUGCCAGCGAAUGGUCUUCCACUGGGUGGUCAACUGCCAGCUGAUGCAUUCCCCCCCGGUGGACAACUGCCAGCUGGAGGACAGUUGCCAACUAAUGCACAGCCAAAUGGUGGCCAACUUCCAGCUAAUGCGUUUCCAGCUGGAGGACAGUUGCCAGCAAAUGGAUUCCCAGUCGGUGGCCAAUUGCCUGCCAAUGUUUUUCCAGCUGGCGGUCAACUCCUAACCAAUGGAUUCCCAGCUGCUGGACAAUUGGGCAACGGCGCUCAACUUGGCGUGGGUCUCGGCAAUGGCAAUGGCAAUUUCAAUGGUCUACCUCAAGGAUUCAGUAAUCAAAAUCUAUUCAUUCCUGCAGGAAACACCCAGCUGCAAGUCGGACCAAUUGGACAGGUUCCAGUUGCACAACGUCCAAGCUCUGUUCUGAUUCAAUUUGAUCCGGCAAUUGGUGCACAGUUGCCAGCCUCGGCUCAGGCAAAUGUGGGUGUCAAUCCAAAUCAGUUGGUGCCAGCAUUUGGUGCCCAACUUGGUAAUGGACAAACACCGAUUGGUCAGCAGCCCGCGGCGCCUGUUUCAAAUCAAUUUGGACCGAUUUUUGGCGCCCAACUCGGAGUGGGUCAGGUGCCAAAUGGUCAGCAGCCUGUAGCAGGCAAUCCCAACCCAUUUAAUCCAGUAUUAGGUGGUCAACUGCCUACAGGAGCACAAGCACCAACAGCUGGCAACCAAAAUCCCGUGCUUGGCGGACAGUUACCCACUGCAGCUCAAGCGCCAAACAAUGGCAACCAAAAUCCCGUAUUCGGCGGACAGUUGCCAACUUCAGCACAAGUGCCAAACAAUGGCAAUCUUAAUCUAGUUACAAAUGGUCAACGUCUUAUUUCUCGUCGUCGCAAUGGACGUCAGCGCAAUCGAUCCAACUACCAAGGUCUUAACGUGGUCAAUGGCAACGUGUUUGGCCAGCCCAAUGUACAGGGUCCAACCAAUGCCGUGGGCAAUCAGCAGGAUACGAACAUCAUCGAUGGCAACUUCUACAGUUAUCCUGGUCAUCAACAACACAGACUCUACAGGGUGAAUGGCAAUCGACGCCUCGUGUUAACCGAUGGCGAUUACGUGGAUGAUUAUGAUACCACAGCUGAUGUUGGCUUUGCUGCUAGUUCCCCUGAAUUGUCCUAUGCAGUUCCAGAAGGUAGGGGAUCUCGCAGAAAGUCUGACCAUGAAGCAGCUGCCUCGGAGCAGCACACGGAGUAUCGUAAGGAUGAUGGUUAUCACUACAAGAAUCCCAGACGUACUAAGUAAAGCUCUGUUCAAAAAUUAAAUUCCCUAUUAAAAUAAUAAAUUAAAGCAAUUGCUACAAAAGCAGACAGAAA